CAGGUUUGCAUUGUCCAGAAGAGAGAUACAAAGAAAAUGUAUGCUAUGAAAUACAUGAACAAACAAAAAUGCAUUGAACGUGAUGAAGUGCGCAACGUUUUCAGAGAACUGCAGAUCAUGCAACGACUUGAGCACCCUUUCCUUGUGAAUCUAUGGUAUUCAUUCCAAGAUGAGGAAGACAUGUUUAUGGUGGUAGAUCUUUUGCUCGGUGGAGAUUUACGCUAUCAUUUACAGCAAAAUGUGCAUUUCAAUGAAGAAGCUGUGAAACUCUAUGUCUGUGAAUUAGCAUUAGCCUUGGACUACCUGCAGAGCUACAAUAUCAUCCACAGGGAUAUCAAGCCUGACAAUAUCCUUCUUGAUGAACAUGGGCAUGUUCACAUCACUGAUUUCAACAUAGCAACAGUGGUGAAGGACUCUGAAAAAGCCACAUCAAUGGCUGGGACCAAGCCAUACAUGGCUCCAGAGCUUUUUCAGACAUUUUUGGAAGGAGGUCCUGGCUAUUCAUAUCCCGUUGACUGGUGGUCACUGGGCAUUACCUCUUAUGAACUAUUAAGGGGCUGGAGACCAUAUGACAUUCACUCCAAUACGCCAGUUGAAGAAAUACUUCUCAUGAUUAAUACUGAGAAAGUGCACUGCUCCUCCACGUGGUCCAAAGGCCUGGUGACAUUAGUAAAAAAGCUGCUUGUGAAGGAGCCCGAAUGUCGCCCAUCAAGUCUGAAAGACAUUCAGAAUUCUCCGUACCUAGCAGAUGUGAACUGGGAUGCAGUUCUGGAGAAGAAUCUCCCUCCUGCUUUUGUUCCAAAUAAAGGGAGAUUGAAUUGCGAUCCAACCUUUGAACUAGAAGAAAUGAUACUGGAAUCCAAACCACUUCACAAGAAAAAGAAAAGACUAGCUAAGAAUAAAUCUAAAGAUUCUGGGAAAGAAAGUUCCCCAUUGAACGGACAUCUGCAGCAGUGCCUGGAAACAGUCCACAAUGAUUUUACCAUUUUCAACAGAGAAAAGUUCAGAAAAUCUCGGGCGGAGGAUGGACAAACAUCCAAGAUGGAAAAUGAAACUUGCAGUCAGAUGCAUGAAAAGACACAGGAUGGUCAGAACAACAAUGUGCUUGAACCUUUCUACACUACAGUUCCUAGCUAGUCUACCAGAACCAAUCUGACCCUUCUGAGAACUUUAAUACUCUUUGCUUUACAAUGACAUUAUUUCUGUGCAUGCCUUGUAGUUUAAAUCACCUCUCCCAUUGGAAAACAGCUCGGGUGACUAGCUUCCCAGCAGAAAAAAUUGAGCUUUUCCUAGGCUGGAGUGGAAAGGGAUAUGUUGGCUGGCAGAGGACAAUCAUCUUACAGAGAGAAAAGACAAAUAUAUACCUUGAACUACUUUGAAGU